CACAUGAUCCACUCUCAACACAGCGAGCUGUCAGAGCGCAGGAUCCACGCUGCUCCAUCACCCAGCUGCGCGCAGCCUGAAGAUCCCAGCCCCGCCAAACUGACCGGAGACCAGCAGUGGCCCAACGUACAUGUGGGAAUAUGGCCUCUGGACGUGGCCUGACGCUGUCGGAGGAACAGAUCAAAAUUCUGGAGGAAAACUUCAACAAAGUGUCCAAACAUCCGGACGGCACGACGCUGAUGUUGAUCGCUGCGGAGUGCGGGCUGUCUGAGCAGGAGACGGAGGAAUGGUUCAAGCAACGUAAUGCCAAGUGGAGGAAGGCCGAGGGUCUUCCCGCUAAACUGGGAUCAGUGUUGGACUAAGACUUUCUGAGCUUCUUCAUGCUGCAUGGAUCUGUUUGCUGACUCUACAUCUCCACAAUGGACUAACCUCUCCUCCCCGUUUCCUCUCCAUCUGCGAAUCGCGCUUUUGUAUCUAUGAAGCUAUUUUGUCUUGCAGAAUGUGAAGGUGUUUGUGUGUUGUUGCCAAUGUAACCACUGUGUUUACAGAAAUAAAUAUAUUGUUAUUGUAAAGGAA